AUGUCGUUUGAGAAGAUAUUGUACAAAUAUGAUGAGCCUCACGGCAUCGGCGACGUCUACUUUAUUUGGCAAAAGAGUGCCGGCGCUUUGCUGGCCACAACGGGCACCGAUGGCUCCGUAGCUCUAUACAAUCGCCAAGGCCAGCUAGUGCAGCGCAUUAUAUUAGCCGGUUUGUGCUCUGGUUUUGCGUGGGAUUCCGAAGGAGAUCUAUUGGGGAUCAUUACCAGCAGCUCACCGAAUAUCACUCUUUGGGAUUAUACGACACAACAAAAGCUGACUGUAGAAUCUGGACUACGUGAUCCCCUCACCUGCAUAUUGUGGUCCAAGCAGCAGCAGAUUUUAGCUGUAGGUACUGGGCGUGGAAAUUUAUCUAUUUACAAUCAUCGCAGUGGAAAGCGAACCCCGGUUAUUGGCAAGCACAACAAGCGUAUAACGUGCGGCGCCUGGUCAGCACAAAAUCUGCUUGCCCUCGGCUCAGAUGACAAAAGUUUCUCCCUGAGCAGUGAGGAUGGCGAUACGGUGCGCAUUGUCCAGCUGCGCGAUGCACCCUCCGAUAUGUAUUUUGCAGAGAUGGCGAAUGAUGAGCGUAUAGCCGGUGAUAAUGCUAUAAGCAUGAUAAUUGGCAAACGAACGCUGUUCCUGUACUAUCUGCCGGAGCCUGAGAACCCAACAGAACUCGGUUUUCAGAGUCGCUAUGGUUCGCUAUUGCAGCACAAAUGGUUUGGAGAUGGCUAUAUACUGCUGGGAUUUUCCAAUGGCCAUGUAGUGGCCAUUUCGACACAUCCCAAGGACGUGGGCCAAGAGCUGUGGCAAGUGCGCAAUCACAAAGAUACUCUCACUGGCUUGGCCUAUUGUCCAUCUCUAGAUAUUGUUGCCUCCUGUGGCGAUGACAACAUCAAGAUCCACUCGAUAACUAAUCUGCAGGAAACGGAACGCAUUAUUACAGUACCGGAUCAUGCGAGCGUGCAAAUGAUUGAUUGGUCACCAGAUGGACAGCUCCUAGCGGUCACCACCAGUGGAGGGACAGUCUACACCUAUGUAACCAAAUUGCCUCACAUGUUUUCAGUAUCGGCUCCACGUCUGGUCAUGUUGAGCAGCCUGGCGGAAGUUUCUAUCUAUGUCUAUGCACCAGAUAAAUCAAAAACAGUGCCUUUUCGGCUGCCUUUGGAAACGGAGCCUUCAUUUCUGGCCAUUGGUCCCUAUAAUUUUGCUGCUGGCCUGGAUAAACAUGUCUGGUUCUAUGAUCUGGGCAAAAGCUUGGGCGAUGAGCCACGGCCUCUCAGCGAACGAGAUUUGCCUAAUGAUGUUGUCGCUAUGAAAUUGAAUGCGGAUUACUGCGCUGCUUUGUGCCCACCACAGCUGAUACUUCAAGCAAUUGCAGCGGAUAAUCCCAAUUGUAAAGAUAAGCUGCAGGCGUGCUUUCCCAGUGCACUUCCCUCCUCCCUACCCAGCGAUGCGGUCAUCACAUGCUUUGCACUCAGUCAGGAACUACUCAUCUUUGCAACAGACAUCGGUCAUCUGGUGUUUUACUCGCUGGAAAAGUGGGAUACGUGUACUAUCUAUCGUCACAGUAAUGGCAUACGUCAACUUUAUACAGAUGUCGAAGGCACUAAAACGAUUUUCAUCGAUGAACAUGGACAGGGCUUUGUCUAUUUGCCUGCUUUAGAUCAGGAGGCUCUACUCAUUGCGGAGCUGCCCAAACAGUGUUUGGGAUGUUUGUGGGACUUAACACAAUCCAAUAUUUUUAUAAGCUACGAUUCUCGUCUUGUUUAUACGCAUGUUUUUACACGACAUUCGGUACGUGGCAGAUACAGUCAAAGAUUGGGUGAAUCGAAGCUAAAUCCUGGUCAAGUGCCUUUGCUGGUCUGUGCGGGUGAAAUGGCUUUGCACAUCGAUGGUGGACAGUAUGCAACCCAAUGCUUGAGCACACAUGUCAUCAAUCCCACAAAUAGUCAAUCGGAUAAUUUGCUGUUGUUGCUGAAGCUUAAGAAAUAUGAUGAGGCCUACAAGCUGUGCGAGCAGAUGCAAUUGGACAGCGCGUGGCGACAAUUUGGCGAACAUGCCAUUGCGGAUCUAGAGCCGGAAAUGGCUCUGCGCGCGUAUCGCCAAUUAGGCGAUGCUGCUUUAGUCAAUGCGCUGGACGAGCUGGUCUAUGUAGAGGAUUUGCACAUGUUGUGCGGCUGCUGCUGCAUGCUUCUAGCUCAAUACGAUCAGGCUAAGGAGUAUUUGUUGAAAGGAGUGUACACACGUGCCGCUCUGGAUCUUAGCAGGGACUUACUGCAAUGGGAUCAGGCGCUGCUAUUGGCUCACAAAUAUGAACCAAAUGAGGUGCCUUUCAUAGCACGGGAGUAUGCCCAACAGUUGGAAUUUACUGGCAACUAUGCGGACGCUCUGUAUCAUUAUGAGAAGGGCUACAAGGAGGAUUUGAUCAACAACGAAGAUUCAGAGCCACCAACUUUGCUGCACAGCACACCGGAAUACGAGGAGCAUGUGCGUCUAUGCAAAAUGGGCAUUGCACGCACCUCCAUACGUGCGGGUGAUUUUCGACGUGGCAUUCAAUAUGCUGUGGAGCUGCAGGACAAGCAGCUGCUCUUCGACUGCGCCGAGCUGCUGGCCACUGUGGGUCACCUCACAGAGGCGGCAGGUCUUUACGAACGCGGCGGCUACUACGACGAGGCGUGCGGGCAUUAUAUCUCUCUUAAGAUGUGGCACAAGGCUAACAAUAUAUUGGGCCAUGUGAAAAGCAGCAAAUUGCAUGCAGCCUAUGCCAAGGCCAAGGAAUCGGACGGGCAGUUUGAGCAAGCUAUAAACAGCUAUCGUAUUGCCGGGGAUUUGGAUGCCUGCGUUCGAAUCUAUCUAGAUCAUCUGUGUGAUCCUCAUGCUGCCUCUGAAAUAGUCCUCGAAUCGCGCUCAAUGGAUGCAGCUAAGAUGCUGGCCAAGUUCUAUCAGAAAAUUAACGAUAUUGAGCAGGCUCUACAGUUUCUCGUCAUAUGCGGCUGCGUGGAGGAGGCUUUUGCUCUAGCUCAGCGUCAUAACAAGCUGCGUCGCCAUGGCGAGCUUUUGGAACGUUAUGAAAAUGCAAAGUCCGCAGAUUAUCUGGCACUGGCUCAUUAUUUUGAGAGUGAGAAAUACACGCUGUUAGCGGGAAAAUAUUAUUUUCUGGCCAGGGAAUUUACCAAGGCACUUCGUUUCCUCCUCAAGGCCUCUGCGUUUAGUAAUGAAGAGUCGCAGGCUCUAUCGUUGGCCAUUGAUUGCGUGGCCACCUCUAAUAAUGAACAGCUUGCCACGCAGCUAAUUGAAUUUCUGUUAGGUGAACUCGAUGGUGUACCUAAGGAUCCACGUUAUCUGUUCCGUUUGUAUAUGGCACGCAAGCACUACAAGGAUGCAGCUAAGACAGCAGUUAUUAUAGCCAAUCAAGAGCAACUUUCGGGCAAUUACAAAUCAGCAAGAGACUUACUUUACUCCAUGUACCAGGAGCUGCGUCGCAAUAAUCUCUCUGUGACCGCUGAAAUGCGACACAAUUUGAUAUUGCUGCAUCGUUAUACGCUGGUGCGCAUACAUGUCAAGCUAGGCAAUCAUUUGCUAGCCGCCAAACUGCUCGUCCAGGUAGCCGCAUGCAUCUCACAAUUUCCAGAACAUAUUGUGCCCAUACUCACUUCGACUGUUAUUGAAUGCCAUCGUGCUGGCCUAAAGAAAUCGGCUUUUACCUAUGCCUCCAUGCUCAUGCGUCCAGAUUAUCGCAAUCAACUGGAUGGGCGUUAUAUUAAGAAAAUAGAGUCGAUUGUCCGCAAAGCACCGAAAGGCAUCAAACAGCUACGCGAUGAGAUCGAUGACGAGACAAUGGAAUGUCCCAUCUGCGACGCCAAUUUGGCCAAUAUGGAAGUCACCUGCUACAGCUGCAAGACAACGUUACCCAUUUGCAUCGCAACGGGGCAGCACAUCAUUAAAACUCAAAUGACAUCCUGUCCCCAAUGCGAUUUUCUAUGUUUUCGCGGAGAAAUGGAGAACAUUCUGUCGGAAAAUGGAGAUUGUCCUAUGUGUGGCGAGCAUGUGGCUCCUGAGCAGCUCUUGGACGUGGAGGAUAUACGUCCCUACAUACUUGCUGCCACCUAGAAUAUACAUCAUUUAGUACUUAAUACUGAUAGACUGCACAGAACACCAAAUAAUAUUAUAUAAGUUAUUUAGGGCAUUUCAUAACAUGCUGCGUAGCACCAAUUACACCCGAAUA